CCGCAAUCAGAAACCAGUCCUCUACUUGCUAGGAGGUGGUUACCCGAAAACCUACCCCCGCCGCCUUGGCCCUUGGCCUCACGUCACGAUGUCUUGCACGGUGACCAUCCCGAACUCGCCAGUAUUCUCGCCUUCACGCCGCCCGCUGUCCUGCAAGGCCGCUCCCGCGUCGCCGGAGCCCGCCGUCGCCGUCUCCGCCUCUUCCGCGGCGCCCGCGCCCGCGCCCGCCGCCGCCGGCUCGCCGCUCCGCCCCUUCGCGCUCCGCGCGCUGCUCCGGGAGGAGGUAUUCCCGUCUCCAUCGCCCCAGCUGGCCUCUGCCGCAGCGGUGGCCUCGGUACCAAGCGGGGCCGUGCUGAAGCGGCGGCGACCUGCGCCGCUCCUUGUGCCGGCGUCCGGCGCGACUGCUGCUGCUGCGGUGGCUGCCGUGGAGGCAGAUCCGACGAACGAGGUGGAGGAGGAGGGGGAGGAGUUCGCAGCGUACUGCCGGAGGGGGAAGGGGAGGAGAAGGGUGGAAAUGGAGGACCGGCAUGUGGCCGAGGUCGCUCUCGGCGGAGAUCCCCAAGUGGCGCUCUUUGGUGUAUUCGAUGGUCACGGGGGCAAAAAUGCGGCAGAGUUCGCUGCGGAGAACAUGCCCAAGUUUUUGGCCGAGGAGUUCAAGAAGGUGAACGGCGGAGGAGAGAUCGAAGGAGCUGUCAACAGGGGUUACCUCAAGACGGACGAGGAAUUCCUCAAGAGGGACGAGAGCGGGGGCGCGUGCUGCGUCACAGCCGUUCUCCAAAAGGGUGGUCUGGUCGUCUCCAACGCUGGAGACUGCCGUGCGGUGCUCAGCCGAGCAGGGAAAGCAGAUGUGCUCACCUCGGACCACCGGGCCUCCCGGGAGGAUGAGAAGGAGAGAAUUGAAAAUUUGGGUGGAUUUGUGGUGAAUUACCAUGGGACAUGGCGAGUCCAGGGUUCCCUGGCAGUGUCUAGGGGCAUUGGGGAUGGACACCUAAAGCAGUGGGUUGUGGCUAACCCAGACACUAGGACGCUCCUCGUCGACCACCAGUGCGAGUUCUUGAUACUUGCUUCUGAUGGCCUAUGGGAUAAGAUCGAUAAUCAGGAGGCAGUAGACCUUGCACGUCCUCUAUGCAUUAACAAUGACAAGACCUCUCGCCUGGCUGCCUGCAGGAUGCUCACUGAGACGUCGAUUUCCAGGGGCUCAACUGAUGAUAUCAGUGUCAUGAUUGUGCAAUUGCAGAAGUUUUCAAGUUCCUAACUUAAUUGGAGAAACUUGACCAAAACUCUAGGCAUUAGCACCAACAGACUGGUGGAAGGCAGGACUUUGCUGGCUAAAGUUUUCAUGAGUCAGCACUAUUUUUGGCUGUUUAACAUCAAUUCUUUGUCAUAGAACCAUUUGUUUUAUUAUUAGAUGUAAUUAGAUCUAUUUGAUUCAUUCUUUGACAAUAUUUAUUGAAAUAAUGCGGGGUGAUCUCUCCAUGAUCGAUUGACUGUAAAAGGCGAUUUGCCUAUGUAAAUACAAUGAUAUAUUCUAUCAUAGAAACUUACUGUGUUUUCGUUU